CUACGUCAGUAAAAGUCGACGGUCGCUCGUAAAAUGACGUAUGCGACGUGUUUGCAGUAAUGAAAAUAAACGGCAAUCACAAAGCUACAUCAAAGCUGGAGACACUUCGGCUGUGAUACCGGGGUCGAUACGGGGACAGUGGUACCAGCGGAGCCCGGGCUGAUACGGACGGGUUCGCCCAACCUCGUACGGGUGGGAAAGAGCCGAACUAACAACGAGGACACACCAUGGCCCUAGACUCUGCCAGUGUGGACUCCAAGGCGGAGCUGACGGCUCAGUUGGAGCAGUGGGAGAGGGACCAGCAGGGCAGCACUCAGGACCUGGUCAACAUCCUGACAAAAAUUUCUGAACUUGUUGAGAAGGAGACGGAGGAGUACCACAAAGUGGACCCAGACCCUUUUGACGACCGACACCCUGGCAGAGCAGAUCCUGAGUGUGUGUUGGGGCACCUGCUGAAGAUCCUCUUCAAGAACGAUGACUUCAUGAACACACUGGUGAACAGUUACGUGAUGUCCAGCAGAGAGUUCUCCCUCAACGCAGCAGCGUGUCGUCUGCUCCAGAACAUCAUGCCCGGUCUGGAGACGGCAGUGGUCUUCCAAGAGAAGGAGGGAAUUGUUGAGCGACUCUUUAAAUGGGCCCAGGAGGCCGAGCAGCCGCUCAGGAUCUACGCCACCGGCCUGUUGGCUAGUGCCAUGGAGAACCAGGACAACGCUGCCAACUACAGGGAGGAGAACUCAGUGUUGGUUCCGUUGAUGCUGCAUCGGUUACGUGAACUUCAGGACAAGGACAGUGAGAACAGGAGGGACAUGAAAAGGCCCAGCCCCAGGAAGGCCCCCCCGGAGCCCCUGUUACCGUUGGACGAAGAGGCCGUGGACGGAGGAUUUGAAGAAAAGCCCUUCACGUCAGACAGAAAGGGAGCCCAGAGUGAAGCUGCAGGAGCAGAGACGGAGGGAAAAAUCUCUUUUUCAACCAUGGAGCCUGAAAACGAGUUCUCCUUUCGUCUGAGCUCCCCCCACAGGACCAGCAGGUUCUCCAACGCUGCUGUCAAAACCAUGAUGAAGCCCAUGUCUGCUCCCACUUCACUGACGCCAGCGGCUUCUUCUGAGAGGGGCUGCUACGUGAACAGGAAGACGGAGAGGGAGUACGGCAGAACCUCCAGACAGAAACUCCAUUUCUCUUUGCCAGAACCAGAGAGGAACUUCAGCGAACUUUCAAACAGCAGCUGGUCUGAGAUGAGUCCCUGGGUGAUCGGUAACAACUACCACCUCUACCCUGUCACUCCUGAGAUCGAGCAGAGGCUCAUCCUGCAGUACCUCACUCCUCUGGGGGAGUACCAGGAGCUCUUGGCCGUCUUCAUGCAGAUGGGCGCUCGUGAGCUUCUCAUGCACUACAUGGAUCUGAAACAGACCAAUGACGUGCAGCUCACCUUUGAGGCUUUAAAGUACCUGGCGUCUUUGCUGUUGCACAAAAAGUUUGCGGCAGAGUUUGUAGCUCAUGGAGGUGUUCAGAAGCUGCUGGAAAUACCCAGACCGUCGAUGGCUGCCACCGGGGUGUCGCUGUGCCUUUACUACCUGGCCUAUAACCAGGACGCCAUGGAGAGGGUGUGCAUGUUGCCUCAUGCCGUCCUGUCCGACGUGGUGGCCUACACCCUGUGGCUGCUGGAGUGCUCUCAUGCGUCCGGCUGCUGCCACGCCACCAUGUUUUUUUCCAUCUCUUUUUCUUUCCGUGCCAUCCUGGAACUGUUCGACCGCCAGGACGGGCUGCGGCGCCUGGUCAACCUGAUUAGCACACUGGAGAUCCUGAACACUGAAGACCAGGGGGCGCUGCUGAGUGAUGAUGAGAUUUUCUCCAGCAGGCAGACUGCCAAGCACACCUGCAUGGCACUGCGCAGGUACUUUGAAGCCCACCUGGCCAUCAAGGUAGAGCAGGUGAAGCAGUCCCUGCAGCGCACUGAAGGGGGCGUUCCCAUUCACUCCCAACCCUACUACAAGGCGGUCAGCUACACCCGUGAGCAGGUGGUGGAGAUGAUGGAGUUCCUGAUAGAGUACGGACCUCUGCGGCUCUACUGGGAACCAGCCGAGGUCUUCUACAAGCUCUCCUGCGUCCAGCUCCUCCUCCAGCUGACGUCCAUCGCCUGUGACUGGAGAACCUACUACGGCAGGAGUGACACGGUCCGUUACGCCCUGGACAUCCUCAGUAUCCUCACUGUGGUGCCCAAGACCCAGCUGCUGUUGUCUGAGGCCGUGGCCGUGCUGGACGAAGGAGGGUCCACCGUCUCCACAGUCGGGAUGAGUAUAGUCCUGGCUGUGGCCGAGGGAGAAGUCUUUGUGAACGAUGCUGAGAUCCAGAAGUCGGCUCUGCAGGUCGUCAUCAACUGCGUCUGUGCUCCAGACAAACGCAUCUCCAGCAUCGGCAAGUUUAUUGCAGGAACGCCGCGGCGCCGCCUGCCCCAGCAGACCAAGGGCAGUGAGAUCGUUCUCACCAGGAUGUGGAAUGUUGUGCAGUCCAACAAUGGCAUCAAGGUCCUGCUGUCCCUCCUGACGGUGAAGAUGCCCAUCACUGAUGCGGACCAGAUCCGAGCUCUGGCCUGUAAGGCUCUGGUGGGUCUGUCCCGCUCCAGCACGGUCCGACAGAUCAUCAGCAAACUGCCGUUGUUCAGCAGCGGACACAUCCAGCAGCUGAUGAAGGAACCCGUGCUGCAGGACAAACGCAGCGAACACGUCAAGUUCUGCAAGUUUGCUGCCGAGCUGAUCGAAAGGAUUUCUGGGAAACCGCUGCUGAUUGGUACAGACGUGUCUCUGGCGUGGCUGCAGCGGGCCAGUGUGGUGGCCCAGUCCAGGAUCACCUUCCCAGAGAAGGAGCUGCUGCUGCUCAUCAGGAACCACCUGGUGGCCAAAGGCCUCCAUGACACGGCCUUCACCCUCACCAAAGAGGCGGAGCUCCCCAUGACCUGUCAGUCUCACUCUUCACAUUCAGCUUCUACCUUCCCCUCUGUCGUCCCCCCUCCUCCCACCUCCCCUGCUGCCGUUCUCCCCCGCACCCCGCGCCUGGCUAACGGCGUGGGUCCCAGACUCACGACCCACCCCGCUCAUCUGUCCAGCACCGUCUGCGGUCACCCACAGACUCGUCCUUGUACAUCGCAGGCCACCGGACCCCACUCCACAGCUUUACCCUCCACAUCAGCCCCUCACCCCGGCAACGGAACCCCGCUGAUCGGUCGGAUCGUCUUUUCUCGAGAACGCCAAACCAUAUGUUCCUCAGCGAGCUGCAAGAAAUCUCGUGUCCUGCGUCAGAAGUCGGACCACGGCGCCUUUAGUCAGAGUCCAGCCAUGAAGAAACAGUUGGACAGACACCUGCCCUCCCCCCCCGCGCUGGACGGCAUCAUCACAGAGUACCUGAGGGAGCAGCACGCCCGCUGUAAAAACCCCGUGGCCACCUGCCCGCCUUUCUCCCUUUUUACCCCCCACCAGUGUCCUGAGCCCAAACAGAGACGCCAGGCUCCCGUCAACUUCACGUCCAGAUACACACGAAGAGUGAUCUACCCAAAGUACGGCGGCGUGGACGGAGGAUGCUUCGACAGACACCUGAUCUUCAGUCGGUUCCGCCCCAUCUCCGUGUUCAGGGAGGCUGACGAGGAUGAGAGCGGCUUCAUGUGCUGUGCCUUCUCGGCCCGUGAGCGGUUCCUGAUGCUGGGGACCUGCACGGGUCAACUCAAACUCUACAACGUGUUCACAGGUCAAGAAGAAGCCAGCUACAGCUGCCACAACUCUGCCAUCACACACCUGGAGCCCUCACGGGACGGCUCUCUGCUCCUGACAUCUGCCUCCUGGAGUUACCCUCUGUCCACACUGUGGGGCAUGAAGUCUGUGUUUAUUAUGAAACAUUCCUUCCUCGGCGACCAUUACGUGGAGUUCAGUAAACUUUCUCAGGACCGGGUCAUUGGAACUAAAGAACACAUCGCUCGUAUUUAUGACAUCCAGACGGGGCAGGUGACGCUCACGCUCAACAAUCCCGACCUGGCCAACAACUACAAGAAGAACUGUGCCACCUUCAACCCCACCGACGACCUGGUGCUGAACGACGGCGUCCUCUGGGACGUGCGCACGGCUCAAGCCAUCCACAAGUUUGACAAGUUCAACAUGAACAUCAGCGGCGUGUUCCACCCCAACGGCCUGGAGGUCAUCAUCAACACGGAAAUCUGGGAUCUUCGGACGUUCCAUCUGCUCCACACGGUUCCUGCUCUGGACCAGUGCAGGAUUGUCUUCAACAACAACGGCACCAUCAUCUACGGGGCGAUGCUCCGCGACGAUGAGGAUGACAUGAUGGAGAUGCAGAUGAAGAGUCCGUUUGGUUCGUCCUUCAGGACUUUCAACGCCACAGACUACAAACCCAUCGCCACUAUCGACGUGAAGAGGAACAUCUUUGACCUGUGCACAGACACCAAGGACUGUUACCUGGCUGUGAUCGAGAACCAGGACUCUGUCAACACAGACACGGUGUGUAGGCUGUAUGAAGUGGGCCGACAGAGACUGGCUGAGGAAGAGGAGGAGGACGAGGAGGACCAGGAGGAUGACGAUCAGGAAGAAGACGAAGACGACGAUGACGACGACGACUCCGAUGAGGACGUGGACACCGACCCUCUGCUCGCCGAACUGGAGAACGACAACGGUGGAGAAGAUGACGAUGAAGAAGAGGAUGAUGGGAAUGAGGAAUUCUCCCCCUCCGACGAGGAGGUGGCCCGUCUCCUGGACGAAGGCGACCCAGAAGUUGGAGAUGAUGACGAUGAUGACGAUGAAGACGAGGACUCUGACAAUGAGGACGGCGAUCAUGACGGAGAAAACGACAGCUCAGACAACUCCGACCUGGAGGAUGACAUCAUCUUAUCCCUGAAUGAGUGAGGAGAACUCUUCAACGUCCAGCACCAGGAACUGGACCGUCGUUCUGGACGCGGCCACGUGGACGUUCUGCUACAGAACAGAGUGGAGGAGAGAACGUCUGUCAGUGUGGAACCGUUCUCCACAGGCAGCACGCUGACGUCAAAGAUUGUAUUUCAGAUGGUUUUAUAA